AUGGACGGUGCUUCGCCACUGUCGCCUGUGAAAAGGGGCGGAGUCUCGUCUAGAGACAUGAGGCGGAGCGGUACCGUGUCUUCUUGGGUAUCGCUGUUCAGCGGCGCAUAUCGGUCCAAGAGCCGCUUCACUCUGCUGGAAAGGCAGGUGUGCUCUGCUUGCUGCGGUCACGGAAGCAACACGGGGCUGUGCGCCGUUGCCGGCUGUAAGCCUCACGAGAUGGUCAAGACCAAGUUUAGUAUCCGCAAUAUUUGCUGUGACUCGGAGGUGAAGCUGAUCCAGCGCAUUGUGGAGCCUCUGAAAGGGGUUGCGAGCGUGUCUACGAACCCUUUCACCAAACUUACCGUGGUGGUCCACUGCCCUGUUCCAUGCUGCUGCGCUCCCGAAGCAAUCCUCGACAAAUUAAACAAUGCAGGUCUUGGAGCGGCUUUGCUGGGCCAGAACGAGGAGGAUUGCAUGGACGAGAUCAGCAUCUUGCAGUGGUGCCUGGCGCACGUGCGCCACUUGUCCUUUGUCGUCUCGCUGUUGCUCCUUUGCACGGGUGUUGUACUCAUUUCCAACGACGCCGACCCUGAGGGCCAAGUCUGUGAGUUCGUGGCGUUGGUAUUUGGUCUGCCUUUCAUCGUUUUCGAAGCUCUGGUGUCGCUCUCCAAAUGUCAGAUUGACAUGGCGGCCCUUGUGCUCAUCGCUGCUGCAGGGGCGGUUGCUCAAGGAGAAGCAACUGAUGCUGCGUUGGUGGUGGCACCUUGGCAGGUGCUCUUCAACCUUGCGAAGGUGCUGGAAGUUAUGCAGCUGCAGUCCAUUCGCAUGGUGUCCUUGGUGGACGGUACCUCUGUGGCCGUCACUGACCUCCAGAAGGACGACGUCGUGACGUUGAGGCCCGGCGAAGAGUGUCCAGCCGAUGGCCAGGCGGCCCUCACUGGCGAGGCACGGCCCGUGGAGAAGACGAAGGAGAGCCAGAUCUCUUCUGGCACGGUGAUCCUGAAUGGGUACAUUGAAGUUACCUUGAACAAGGCUGGCUCUGAGUCGACGCUCUCCAUGAUCGAGUCGCAAGUAGAGGAAGCUCAGAUGCAGCGUACAGCCAAACAGCUUCUCAUCGCAAAGUUCGCGAGCAUUUGGACUCCGUUUGUGGUAGUGUUGGUCCUGGUGGUUUGCACGCUGGUGCCGUAUAUGACGGAUGGAGAUUUCGACAAGUGGAGAGAGCGUGGUCUUGUCAUUCUGCUCACAGCCUGUCCUUGUGCAAUCGUCAUCGGUGCACCCUUGGCAACAACUUGUGCCGUUGCUGCUGCAGCGACCCGCGGCGUCUUUAUCAAACAGCCUGAGACAGUGGAGCAGCUUCCGUCCAUCGUGUCUGUGGGGCUGGACAAGACAGGGACGCUGACCACCGGAGAGUUCGGCGUGCGUGUGCAAGAAAUGUUCGAGCAGAUGCCUGACCUCGGAAUCGAACCACUGAAACUGGCAGCUGCGCUGGAAAUGAAGUCUGCGCACCCCAUUGCUGCCGCCAUCGUGUCCAAGGCGGUGGGUUGUGCUGGUGAGGCCUACGAGCAUGAUGCUCUUCCAGCCGUGAAGAAGUUUCGCGUUGUGGAAGGUAUCGGCAUCAAGGGUGACGUCAAGGCGGGCGACGCCUUCGUGACCGUGCAUGUCGGAAACAAGCGCGUCCUGGACGCGGUGAGGGCUGAUCCUGCUCAGCAUUCCAUGUUCUCAAACUUUCAGGACAUGCUUUUGAUUCCGCUGACCCCAGAGAGCGCCAGUGAGUACAGUGCUAGCGAUCGUGAUCCCUGGGAGGACCGGCACCCAAACGACACGGUGGUCGCCGUGGUGGUGAGUGGAAAGCUGGCCCUGGGCCUUGCCCUGAACGACACAGUCCGCAGUGAUGCCGCAAAGAUGAUCGAGGACUUGCAGCAGCUUGGCUGUGAAACCCGGAUCUUGACUGGGGACGCAGAGCUGGCUGGGAGGUCUGUAGCCAUGACCGUUGGCAUUGACCCGGAAACAUGCCACUUCUCCAUGCACCCAGCGGAGAAGCAAGAGUGGGUUCAAGGCCAGGAAAAAUCCCGGCGACCGACGUUGAUGCUAGGGGACGGUAUCAAUGAUGCAACGGCACUGGCCACUGCAACGGUCGGGGCUGCGAUGGGGGAGACGAGUGCAGCACUUGCAGCCAAGUCCGCGAACAUGGUAAUGAUGACAGAUAGGCUGCGACGGCUGCCUCAGUGCAUCCGACUUUGUCGCUAUGCUCUCUGGAUCCAACGCCUCAAUCUGGCGAUUCCAUGCCUUGUGAAGAUCAUCGAAGUCGGCUUUGCGCUGGCAGGACUUCUCAAGCUGUGGAUGGCCAUAGUCUGCGACUUGGGCACGUUGCUCCUGGUGUUGCUGCUCGGGGUGACCAUCCUGUCUGGUCGGUUUUGGAGAGAUGAUGUCCCGGAUGAUGAUGAAGUGGAAUCCGUGGACACCACGUCAAGCUACGGUCACAGCGUGUGA